AUGAAUGACACCUGGUCAAUGAUCUCGGAGGCGGGCAAUACCAUCAGGGGCCCGCAGCUACUCCCCUACGCCGCCGGCCUGCUGCUCGCCUGGCCAGUGAUAACAAUCAGUCUACGCUUCCAACGACUGCGUCAAAUGCACAAGAAAUAUGACUAUCCGACACGAGAAUCGAUGGCCACAAUGACCGAUGACGACGCAUUCAACAUCCAGAAAAAUGUGGCGCAGCUCGAGUUCCCAUUCAUGUUUACUAAGAGCCUGCAAUUUGCCUUGUUCAGGACAUACGGUAUCCCGUCAAUCUCCACCCUCCUUACAAAAACCAGCCAGUUCUCCAACCCGGAGACCUCCUUGAAGCGCUACGCAGACACUGUCGCUCUCGUGCAGGAGAUGGUCGGCAACGACCCUACCUCUCAAAGGGCUUACCAAGGUUUCGCUCGCACUCGCUACCUGCACAGCGGGUACAGAGACUCCGGCAAGAUUCUUGAUGACGAUAUGCUAUACACGCUGGCGCUAUUUGCACUCCAGCCCAUUCGAUUCAUCGAAAAGUAUGAAUGGAGGUCUCUCAGUGAGAUGGAGAAGUGUGCCAUUGGUACUUUCUGGAAGAGUGCUGGUGACGCUCUAGACAUCAGCUAUGAGAAAUUACCAUCGGGCAAGUCUGGUUUCACUGAUGGUAUCCAAUGGCUUGACGAAAUCGAUGCCUGGAGUGAAGAGUAUGAGCAGAGAUGCAUGGUUCCCCACCAGAAGAAUCGUGAGACGGCUGAUCAGACAACUGAGGUACUGCUUUACAUGCUGCCGAAGGCGCUGCACCCCUUUGGUUUGCAAUUUGUCUCGUAUAUGAUGGACUCCAGGUUACGGAAGGCGAUGUACUACGAGCCACCAACUGCAUUCCACAGCGCGAUCUUCUCGGUCCUGCUCACCACCCGCAGGUUCGUUCUCCGCUACCUGGCGCCACCGCGUCCGUACUCCCUUCGCUAUGUCUCUUUUACGGAAAAAGCCGACAAAAAUGGGCGGUUCUAUUUCAAGGAGUGGGAUGCGGCGCCAUACUAUGUCAAGCCCACGUUUUGGAACCGCUGGGGUCCGACUGCUUGGCUGACCUGGGCUUUGGGACGGCCUGUGCCUGGUGAUGAGGGAGAAAAGUAUUUCCCUAAUGGGUAUGAUAUCACGAAUCUUGGGCCGAAGGCUUUCGAGGGGAAGGGAGGGAAGAAAUUGGAUGAGACGUUGGAAGAGUUGAAGGGGUAUCGGACUGGGAAAUGCCCGUUCCACUAG